AUUCAUAUAUAAAGAAAGGAACCCUAGGAGAUUUCUCCCAAUUCUCGAGAUGUUUUUCAGGUUUGCAGUUUUGUGUCUGGGUAUAUUGGCCGUCAACGGUCAAACCAUUAAGUGGUGGAGUACGGCCACUUUGUAUCAAGUCUAUCCGCGAUCUUUGAAGGACACAAAUGGCGACGGUGUCGGAGACAUCAAGGGCAUCACCGAGUCAAUUCCGCAUUUCAUUCAGUCAGGUAUUGACUGCGUUUGGCUUUCCCCGAUUUACAAAUCACCAAUGAAAGAUUUUGGUUAUGAUAUAUCUGAUUAUUUAUCUAUUGACCCCAUUUUUGGAACCUGGGAGGACUUUCUUGAGCUUUCCAAUGCUCUCAAAGCUGCAGGCCUGAAAUUGGUAAUGGAUUUUGUUCCAAACCAUACCAGCGACGAGCACGAUUGGUUCAUUAGAUCAGUCAAUCGAGAAGACCCAUACACAAAUUACUAUAUCUGGAAGGACUCACUUGGUCUUGAUGCAAAUGGAACGCAAAUCCCUCCAAACAAUUGGCUGAGCGCAUUUGCUGGAUCAGCAUGGCAAUGGAACGAUCAGAGACAACAAUUUUACUUGCAUCAAUUUACCGUUGGUCAGCCAGAUUUGGACUUCCGCAACCCUCUUGUUUUGCAAGAAAUGAAGAAUAUUUUGAGAUAUUGGUUGGACAACGGCGUUGAUGGUUUCCGCAUUGACGCUCCUCCUCACAUAAUUGAGCAAAUCGAUUUUCUUGACGAGCCUCUCACUAACGACCCUUCCUGCCCAGAAAACCAGUUCUGUCAGCUCAAUCACAUUUACACCAUGAACCAGCCCGAAACUUUGGAUAUUCUUAGGGAAUUCCGCCAGGUCAUCGAUCAAUACCAAAGUGAAACUGGAAGAGUCAUUGUUCUGAUGAGCGAACCAUCAAAUCUUCAUAAUUUCACCAUGAGUUAUUAUGGGACUGAGCAAGACCCAAUUAUGGAUUUUCCUUUCAACUUCAAUUUGAUUUAUGACUUGCCAGCUGAGACAUUCGCAAUAGAUAUCAAGGCCGCACUUGAUAAGUGGCUGCUUGAUAUGCCGACUGGUAAAGUUGCCAACUGGGUUACUGGAAAUCACGACCUGCCGAGAACCAGGUCUCGUUUUGGCAUCGAUGAUGGCGAGUUUGCUCUUUCUCUCUACAUGAUCAGAAUGCUUUUGCCUGGAGUAUCUGUUACUUAUUAUGGCGAGGAAAUCAACAUGGAAAACACAUUUGUUUCUUGGCAAGAAACUCGGGAUCCUCAGGGCUGCAAUGCAGGACCUGAUUUGUACCAGAAGUAUUCUAGAGACCCUGCAAGAACGCCUUUCCAAUGGAACAGUCAAAAUUUAGCUGGUUUUACAACUGGUUCAACAAGUUGGCUGCCGGUCAAUCCCAACUAUGUAAAUCUUAAUUUAGAGGACCAAAUGUCUUCUAUCAGGACUGAAUUUACAUUCUACCAGCGUUUGGCGGAAGCAAGAAAGUCGAACACAAUUCGAUUUGGGUCCUUGGAGUACAAAUCAAUCAAUAAUGACGUCUUUGCUUUUACCAGAGAAAUCCAAGCUGACGAUAAAUAUCUUGUCAUUGUUAACCCCAAUGACAUUGAAGUUCGUGUCAACGUCAGGGCGGCGUUCCCUCAACUCCCUGAAAUCGGUCUGGUCUAUCUUAGUACCUUGGGAUUAACGACCACAGCAAACGACCCAAUUAUACUGAGUGAUGUGAUACUUGAUGCCAGAGGUGGACUCGUCGUUAACUUUUAGCAAAAUUUCUUUGCAUGCAGUUUAUAUUUUAAAUAAAAAUGUAUGCGGGAAAAAAUAAAUAUUUAGAUGAGA